AUGAGAGACUUUGAAUCCCCUUCUUCUGCACCAGGCCGUUUCAUCGACCCCUAUUCUGUGCCGCCCCCCCACAGGUUAUUCAGGACGAAAUGUCCUACGCACAUUGUCCAUGUGCAACACGACACGGACCUGACCAGCCUCAACUUUACCGCCGCGGCCUCCGUCGAAACUUGCGCCAGUGCCCUCUUCCGCCACGUCCGUCCUGCCAGUGACGCGUUCCGCUGCGCAGUUUCAAUGCAUUACCGCCUGCGGCAUGAUCGGUCGGUCAACGCCGCAAUAAUCGCCCGCAUCACCGAAGCGGCUCUUAUUCCAUCUUCAUGA